AUGGUGGUCAUCAGAGACGAAAGAGCCCAAGAGACUAAAUACAAUAAGAGGAACACAUAUAGUCCCCUCGGUGCGGAGAACAGAGACGACGGCGACCAUCGCGGCGGAGGAGGAUGCGUUAUGACGGUGGUGGUGAUUAAGGUUUUCAUGGUGGCCGUGCUCGCCUUGAGCACGAAGAAGCUAGCCGCGGGGAUCACUCUCUCCGCCUUCUCCCUCCUCUUCCUCGAGCGUGUGUUCACACUCCUAAAUCUCUGCCCCGACGCGCAGGUUCGGCUCGGUACGCUGAUUGGGAAGCUCAUAGGUAGGAAGCGUAUAGAGAAGCUAGAAGAAUCGUCAUCCUCACAGAGAGACAAGGUCUCUUUUGAAAUCAUCGAAAGCGUUGAGGAAACGUCGACAUUGGAUAAGGCGGAGGAGAGAGAGGUGCAGACGAUCAGAGACGUGGUGUUCACGAAAGAGAAGAGUAAAAGCGCGAAGCUGAGAUCAAAGAUAGUGAAGAAGAUUUUGCCGAAGAAGCUGAGGAGUUACAAGAAGAAUAGGAAGAUGAAGCUCGAAGAAAAAGAACGAGCGGUAGAGGUAGUAGAAGAAGAAGAGUUGUUGACUGAAGUUUCCAGUUUGUAUUCCGAGGAUAUAAUGGAGAGCAAAGUAUCUGAGGGAGAUGAGAUUGGUUCGAAUCCGCCAUUGUUGGAGAGCUGUGAAGAGAUCGAGGAAGAAGAAGAAGAAGAAUCAAAAGGGGAUCUAACGAAAGCGAUUGUGCUGAUGAUAGUGAUUGCUCUUGCUGGAUUGUUAAGCGGCAAAGUCGUAGCUAUUGGUCUGACACUCUCUUCGUGUCUGAUUCUGAGAUUGGUCUGCUGUAAAUCUCAAACUAGUCUCUGAACUCCAAAAAAGACUCGGCCUUUGAGAAAUUUUGUUUUGUUCUGUUUCCGUGGCAGUGGUGGGGCCUAUGGAUCAACGGGUUGCGGUGCUGAAAGGGAGUGUUGUUGGGUUGUUGGCAGUUCGAAGCUACAAUUGUUUGCUUAUGAAACUGUAAAUUAAAAACAAAAUCAUAUGAACAGAGGAAAUUGUUAGUGCUUUAUAUAAUGGUCAAAGAGUGAAAAGAAGUGGUUUACUGUGAAGGAGAACAAGUUAUCAGUGUCUUUUGAGAAAUUAAUUGUUAAUAGUGAAAGGCACUCGAGGCAGAGCAUUAACGUUUGUGUCGGCUAGAUCGUCAUUGUUAACAGUGAAAGACACCAUGGGAGAAUGUUGUUGAAUCUAUAGAUGG